UGUGAUGGAGAAAGGGCCUACGUUAACAUCCAGGACGUUUUAGAAUGAAAGAUUUGGGGUCGUGAAAUUAGGAAUUAACUAUAGAGUAAGUAUGCUAAUAUUGAAUAAAACAGCAGGAGUUGUUUUUAAAACAUCAAAAAGGAAAGUUCAUGAAUUUUUACAAAGCUUUAAUUUUCAUCCUGGAACACAAUUUUUUCAUAAAAUAGUAUUGGGAAUUGAAACCAGUUGUGAUGAUACAGCAGCUGCUGUGGUGGAUGAAACUGGAAAUGUGUUGGGAGAAGCAAUACAUUCCCAAACUCAAGUUCAUUUAAAAACAGGAGGAAUUAUUCCUCCAGUAGCUCAACAGCUUCACAGAGAAAAUAUCCAGCGAAUAGUGCAAGAAGCUCUUUCUGCCAGUAGAGUCUCUCCAGGUGAACUCUCAGCAAUUGCAACUACCACAAAACCAGGACUUGCAUUAAGCUUGGGAGUAGGCUUGUCAUUUAGCUUACAGCUGGUAGACCAGUUAAAAAAGCCAUUCAUUCCCAUUCAUCAUAUGGAGGCUCAUGCACUUACUAUUAGGCUGACCAAUAAAGUAGAAUUUCCUUUCUUAGUUCUUUUGAUUUCUGGAGGUCACUGUCUAUUGGCAUUAGUUCAGGGAGUUUCGGAUUUUCUGCUUCUUGGAAAGUCUUUGGACAUAGCACCAGGAGACAUGCUUGACAAGGUGGCAAGAAGACUUUCUUUAACAAAACAUCCAGAGUGCUCCACCAUGAGUGGUGGGAAAGCUAUUGAACAUCUGGCCAAACAAGGAAAUCCGUUUAAUUUUGAUAUCAAACCUGCCAUGCAACGUGCUAAGAAUUGUGAUUUUUCUUUUACUGGACUUCAGCACAUUAUUGAUAAAAUAAUAAUGCAAAAGGAAAAAGAGGAAGGUGUUGAGAAGGGGCAUAUCCUGUCUUCUGCUGCAGACAUUGCAGCUACAGUGCAGCACACAACAGCAUGCCACAUCGUGAAGAGGACACACCGUGCCAUUCUCUUUUGUAAGCAGAGAGACUUGUUACCUCAGAGGAAUGCAGUCCUGGUUGUAUCUGGAGGUGUUGCAAGUAACUUAUACAUCCGCAGAGCUCUGGAAAUUCUAACAAAUGCAACAAAAUGCACUUUGUUGUGUCCUCCUCCUAGACUGUGCACUGAUAAUGGCAUCAUGAUUGCAUGAUGUCCCCUUGGAGUAGAUAUAUCAAAAGAAGUUGAAGAAGCCGCCAUAAAAGUGCCACGAUUAAAAAUGAAGAUCUGAUUUUUGCUCUGCAAAAAAAUCUCUAAAGGUAGUAUUAAUGUUAAAAUUUAGUUUUGAUUGUGUUUUAAAUUGUAAAAAAUAUAUUAGUUAUUCAUCAAGAUUUUCUUUUGUUAUUCCUUUUCUUUUGGUUGAUGUUUUACCUGCUCUUCUGAGAUAAUAUGUUAAAGUCUUAAAAGGAAGCAUAGGUUGUUAUCAGAAACCAAAGUAGAAAACAUCUUUUGGUGAUAGGAGUCACUGCUAUUGGUAGGUAGGAAGAAAAACAUUGGAAGAAGUAUAGUGAUUCUGCUGAUUCCUGGUUACUAGAUCUUUCCCCCUUUCUCAAAUCAGGAUAGAAAAAACUGUUGUGACUCUUACUAAAACAUGAGCCUGACUUUUAUCAUGAGAGUACAGUUUUUGAAAGUAGCCAACUCAAAGCUAUG